AUGUCCAAGACGCCCGCAAAGACGCUUCAAUCGCUCACGCGCGAAGAGGUUGCCAAGCAUAGCAAGUCCGGCGACCUCUGGAUCAUCAUCGACACGUACGUUUUCGACCUGUCCAAGUUUGCACGGCUGCACCCCGGCGGGCCCGGCGUUCUCCUUGACGACGACGUGGCCGGCAAAGACGCAACGACGGUGUUCUUCGCCCUCCAUCGCCACGAAGUGCUGCUCAAGCCACAGUACCAGCGACUCAAGAUCGGGCAAAUCAAGGAUGAGAAGCCCAAGAUCCGCACACCCAAGCCCGACGACCUGUCACGCGUGCCGUAUGCCGAGCCGCAGUGGCUGCAGCCAGCGUUCAAAAGCCCGUACUACAACGACUCGCACAGGCGGCUGCAGAAGGCUAUGCGCAAGUUCAUUACCGAGGUCGUGGCACCCGAUGGGCAGAUGUGCGAGGAGAACGGCAAGCGGCCGAGCAAGCAUGUGCUCGACGCCAUGGCGGCGAACGGGAUGAACCGGAUCCGCAUGGGUCCCGGCGAGCACCUGCAUGGGCGCAACCUGAUGGACGGUGCAGUCAAGGGCGAGGAGUUUGACUACUUCCACGAGCUGGUGGUUAACCAGGAGCUAGCGCUCGUCGGCGGGCGCGGUUACAUCGACGGGUGCCAGGGACACAUGGUGAUUGGUCUGCCGCCGAUCAUGAACUAUGCCAAGGAGCCGCUGCGGACCAAGAUCAUGGACGAGGUGCUGGACGGGCACAAACUUAUGGUGCUUGCGAUCACGGAGGCCUUUGCCGGCUCGGAUGUGGCUGGGUUGCGUUGCACCGCAACAAAGAAGGAGGAUGGGAGCGGGUGGGUCAUCAACGGCACCAAGAAGUGGAUCACGGGCGGGACCAACGCCGACUACUUCUCCGUGGGGGCGCGUACAGGAAAGCAUCUCACAAUGUUCCUUGUGCCGCGCACCGAGGGGGUCGAGACCAAGCAGAUCAAGACGUCGUACGGUCAGACGGCGGGCACGGCGUACGUGACGUUUGACAACGUAUUCGUGCCCAACGAGAACAUGAUCGGCCCCGAGAACGACGGGCUGCGCGUCAUCCUCGCCAACUUCAACCACGAGCGCUUCAUGAUUUCGUGCCAGACCGUGCGGUAUGCGCGCAAGGCCGUCGAGGAAUGUCUCCUCUGGGCAUCCCAACGCCAAGUCAACGGCAAGCCUCUCCUCGCACAGCCGGUUAUCCGCCAGAAAAUCGCCAGCAUGAUCCACAAGACCGAGGCGGCUCAGGCCCUCCUCGAGACGACAUGUUACCAGAUGUGCAACAUGGGUUACAAGGAGCAGAGCAAGCACCUCGCGGGUCCCAUCGCGUUCCUCAAGCUCAACAGCACCAAAAUCCUGGCUGAGGUGGCCGACGACGCGACCAUGAUCUUUGGCGGGCGCGGCCUCACCAAGACCGGUAUGGGCCGGUUUGUCGAGCAAAUCGGGCGCACGCGCAAGUUUGACGCCAUCCUCGGUGGUGCGGAGGAGGUGCUCGCUGACUUGGGCGUGAGGCAGGCCAUGAAGUUUAUGCCGGCCGACCAGCGGCUGUAG